GAGGCUCCGGUUUGGCCACCACAUUAUAUACUUGUCCUUGGAGCCAUUCCAUUGUUCCUUCUGACCCUUGUCUCUACUACUCUACACCAUCCACCCGUCGUCCCCCCCGAUCUAUGCUUGCCACUGAAUAUUCCUAUUUCAUUCUCUUGUCCUGUCACCUGCGUGGAUCCCAGUAGCUGCUUGAUGAAACAAUCCCAAGUAUAUUCAUCAUAAAUCAAGGUGAUCUGGCCGGGGGCAAAAAGAACAAAAAAUGAGCAAAUCACAGCACCCCGAGCCCGUCAUCAUCGUCGGUGGCGGCCUCGCUGGCCUGGUCGCCGCUUAUGAACUCACGCGCAAAAACAUCCCCGUCACCAUCGUGGACCAGGAACCCGAAGGAAAUCUCGGUGGUCAGGCAUUCUGGAGUCUCGGUGGCAUCUUUUGCGUGAACUCGGCGGACCAGCGAGCCAAGGGGAUCAAAGAUUCCAGAGAACUGGCCCUGGCGGACUGGAUGGGCACGGCAAAGUUCGAUCGGGAAAAGGAGGACCACUGGCCCAGACAGUGGGCGAAGGCGUUUGUGGACUUUGCCACCGACGGCAUGGAGCGGUACCUGAAGAACCUGGGCGUCAAGUUUCUUCUGGUGGGUUGGGCGGAGAGGGGCGCCGGCGACGCUGCGGGCCACGGGAACAGCGUGCCGCGGUUCCAUUUGACCUGGGGCACUGGCCCGCAGGUUGUGAGGGCGUUCAGUGAGCCGGUCAGGCGCGCGGAGAAGAAGGGUCUCGUCAAGUUCUUGUUCCGACGGAAGGUCGACGAACUGAUCGUCGAGGGUGGACGGGCCGUCGGUGUCAAGGGUCAAGUCCUUGCGGACGUGAAGAAUGGAUGGGUGAGAGGGCAAGCCACGACCAGGGACGUGGUGGGGAGCUUUGAGGUCAGAGGACGUGCUGUGGUCAUCUCGACCGGUGGAAUUGGUGGGAAUGUGGAAAAAGUCAAGCAGAACUGGCCAGUCCAUAGACUUGGACCGGAGGUGCCGGGGCACUUUGUCGUGGGAGUGCCGGCGCAUGUUGACGGAGAGAUGAUUGGGGUGGCGGAAAAGAGUGGUGCCAAUGUCAUCAAUAUGGACAGAAUGUGGCAUUAUACCGAAGGAUUGCAUAAUUGGAACUCGAUCUGGCCGGCUCAUGGCAUUCGAGUCAUUCCCGGGCCGAGCUCGAUGUGGCUCGAUGCAAAGGGCAAGAGGUUCCCACCGUUCUUGUACCCUGGAAGCGACACGCUCGCAACCCUGAAGCACAUCGUGGCCAGUGGGAACGAUUAUUCCUGGUUCAUAUGUAACCGGAAGAUUGUGAGCAGAGAGUUUGCGUUGAGUGGCAGCGAGCAGAACUACGACCUCACGGAGAAGAGUUACAUACGGCUUCUCGAGAGGUUAUUCGGUAGUCAUGGUACUAGAGAGGUCCAGGCUUUCUUGAAGAAAGGUGAAGACUUUGUCGUGGAGAAAGAUCUGGACAAGCUCGUCGAAGGAAUGAACAGGCUGGCCAAGGAGAGGGGUGGACCGACGUUGGAACUUGAAGAGGUCAAGAAGGAGAUUGAACUGAGGGAUAUGCAAGUCUCGCAUGACUUUGGAAAAGAUGCACAAAUCAUGUUGAUCAGGAACGCGAGAAAUUACGGGCCCGACGGCCGAAGAAUCGCGAAGCCGCACAGGUUGCUGGAUCCCAGUACUGGACCUUUGGUCGCGGUCAGGAUGAACUUACUCACGCGGAAGAGUCUGGGUGGGUUGGAGACCAACCUUGACGGGAACGUCAUGAUGCCGGACGGACAGCCGUUCAAAGGAUUAUAUGCUGCGGGCGAGUGUUGUGGGUUCGGAGGAGGUGGCGUACAUGGAUAUAGUUCGCUCGAGGGCACGUUUCUCGGUGGAUGCGUCUUUACUGGAAGGACAGUCGGGAGAGCGCUGGUCAAAGAGAUGUUGCCGGGUGCUGCUGAGGCGAAGCUAUAGGAUGUGCUUCGUCAAGGCGUAUAUACAUUGUAAAGAGUAUUGUAGAGGUUACAUUUGUUUUUGUU